AUGGAUUAUCUUGAGCAGGAAAAUCGGGUACUUCGUGAAGAAAUGACAGUCAUGCAGACUAGGAUGGACGAGAUGGCUGAAUUAAUAAAAACAAUGGCAGAAACUCAGACUCAAGCUCAAGCACAGAUUCAAGCACAAGCGCAAACUCAAGCUCAGGCCGUAACAGAAGCGCAGGCCCGAUCACAAGCACCUCCACCCCCUCCUCCUGUCAGAACUCAGGCCGAGGCAUCUUCUUCUUGGACACUAUGUGCUGACACUCCAACGCGGUCCGCUCCGCAACGUUCCACGCCUUGGUUUCCACCUUUCACUGCUGGGGAGAUAUUUCGUCCUAUCACUUGUGAAGCUCAGAUGCCCACUCACCAGUACACGGCUCAAGUACCCCUACCUGCCAUGAGGGUCACUCCAGCCACCAUGACCUACUCAGCACCUGUGAUACAUACAAUUCCGCAAACUGAAGAGCCUAUCUUUCAUUCAGGGAAUGCAGAGGCUUACGAGGAAGUAAGCGACCUACGAGAAAAGUAUGAUGAACUACGCCGAGACAUGAAAGCUCUCCAUGAAAAAGGGAAAUUUGGGAAGACUGCGUACGAUCUCUGUUUGGUACCGAGUGUGCAAGUACCUCACAAAUUCAAGAUUCCAGAUUUCGAGAAAUACAAAGGGAGUUCUUGUCCUGAGGAACAUCUAAAAAUGUAUGUGAGAAGGAUGCCAGCAUAUGCCCAAGAUGAUCAGAUUCUUAUUUACUAUUUCCAAGAAAGCUUGACCGGCCCUGCUUCAAAGUGGUACACAAACCUAGACAAAACAAGGGUUCAAACUUUCCGUGACCUUUGUGAAGCUUUUGUGGAACAGUACAGUUACAAUGUAGACAUGACUCCAGACCGAAGUGAUCUCCAAGCCAUGACUCAGGGAGAUAAAGAGACGUUCAAAGAGUACGCCCAACGGUGGAGAGACACCGCUGCCCAAGUCAGCCCACGAAUUGAGGAGAAAGAGAUGACCAAGCUCUUCCUAAAAACUUUGAAUCAUUUUUAUUACAAAAAGAUGGUCGGGAGUACACCAAAGAGCUUCGCGGAGAUGGUUGGUAUGGGAGUACAGUUAGAAGAAGGAGUCCGAGAAGGACGCUUAGUAAAGGAUGCAACUCCUGCCAGUGGGACCAAGAAGACCGGGAAUCAUUUCCCGAGGAAGAAAGAGCAAGAAGUCGAAUUACUUCCCGGCUUACUCAAGAAAAACCUUGUCCAAACUAGAACAGCUCCUCCUAUCCCAGAAAAACUACCAUCUUGGUAUAGACUUGACCAAACUUGUGACUUCCAUGAAGGGGGCCGUGGCCAUAACAUUGAAACUUGUUAUGCCUUUAAAAGCAUAGUACAGAGGUUGAUCAAUGAUGGAAAAAUAACUUUCACAGACUCGGCGCCAAAUGUUCAAACAAACCCAUUGCCGAAUCAUGGUGCCGCAACAGUCAACAUGAUCGAAGAUUGUCAAAAGACUCGUCCCAUUCUGAAUGUUCAACAUAUCAGAACACCCUUGGUCCCGUUACAUGCCAAGUUAUGCAAAGUCGACCUUUUUGAGCAUGAUCAUGAUCUCUGUGAAAUAUGCCUUAUGAACUCCGGAGGAUGUCAGAAAGUAAGAAAUGAUAUUCAAGGGCUUCUAAACCGAGGAGAGCUUGUGGUCGAAAGGAGGUGUGAUGAUGUGUGUGUAAUAACUCCUGAAGGGCCUUUGGAGGUAUUUUAUGACAGUCGAAAGUCAACUAUCACCCCUCUGGUGAUCUGCUUACCGGGUCCACUGCCAUAUGCUUCUGAAAAAGCCAUUCCAUACAAAUACAAUGCCACCAUGAUUGAAGAGGGUCGUGAGGUUCCAAUACCGCCUUUGUCUAGCGUGGAUAAUAUUGUUGAAGACAGUAGAGUUCUGAGAAAUGGGCGCGUUGUUCCCAUAGUGUUCCCAAAGAAGAUUGAUGCUACAAUAAACAAGGAGGUUCGGACUAAAGAUGCUGGUAUCGCCAAAGAAGUGGAUCAACCCAAUGGGGCUGGUACAAGUGCAGAGUUUGAUGAGAUUCUCAAGUUAAUAAAGAAGAGCGAGUACAAGGUUGUUGACCAACUGAUGCAGACUCCAUCCAAAAUAUCCAUAAUGUCUUUAUUACUAAAUUCUGAGGCCCAUAAAGAUGCAUUAAUGAAGGUCUUAGAACAAGCUUUUGUGGAUUAUGAUGUAAUGGUGGGUCAGUUUGGCGGAAUAGUAGGGAACAUCACUGCAUGCAACAACUUGAGUUUCAGUGAUGAAGAGCUCCCAGCAGAAGGAAGGAACCAUAAUCGGGCGCUGCAUAUAUCUGUGAACUGUAAAACCGAUGCUUUGUCAAAUGUGCUGGUGGAUACUGGAUCAUCUUUGAAUGUUUUGUCCAAAACAACUUAUGCCCAACUCGCUUACCAAGACGCACCUUUGAGACGAAGUGGGGUAAUGGUGAAAGCUUUUGAUGGCUCGAGGAAGGAUGUCCUUGGAGAGGUGGUUCUACCCAUCACAGUUGGGCCACAAGUUUUCCAAGUUAAUUUUCAAGUCAUGGACAUUCAAGCUUCGUAUAGUUGCCUACUGGGUCGACCCUGGAUUCACGAGGCAGGGGCUGUCACAUCCACGCUGCAUCAAAAGCUGAAGUUUGUGAAGAAUGGGAAGCUAGUAACUGUAAACGGUGAAGAGGCUUUAUUGGUGAGUCAUUUGUCAUCUUUCUCUUUCAUUGGGGCAGACGAUGUCGAAGGGACACCUUUUCAAGGGUUUACUAUAGAAGAUAAGAAUGCCAAGAGGAAUGAAGCCUCUAUCUCGUCUCUGAAAGAUGCUCAGAAGGUCAUACAAGCAGGAGGGUCCGCAAGCUGGGGAAAGCUGAUAGAGCUUCCAGAAAACAAGCACCGAGAAGAUGAUCCUGAAAGUGUGCCACGAGGUUUUAUAAUGCCAGGAGUAUCCAGCCACAAUUGGGUUGCUGUAGAUGUUCCUUUUGUUGCUCACUUGUCCAAAUUAGAAAUCGACGAACCCGUUGAACAACAUAACCCUAUGAUCUCUCCCAACUUUGAGUUCCCUGUGUAUGAGGCGGAGGAAGAAGAGAAUGAAGAGAUCCCUGACGAAAUCUCUCGACUACUCGAACAAGAGAGGAAGACCAUUCAGCCUUAUGGGGACGAACUAGAAGUGAUUAACUUGGGCACCAAAGAAGACAAGAAAGAAAUCAAGGUUGGGGCAUCGCUCGAAACAAGUGUUAAAAAGCAAGUGAUAGAGCUCCUCAAAGAGUAUGUUGAUGUGUUUGCCUGGUCCUACCAAGAUAUGCCGGGUCUAGACACUGAUAUUGUGGUACAUCACCUACCUUUAAAACCUGAGUGUCCGCCAGUCAAACAAAAGUUGAGAAGAACACGUCCUGACAUGGCUCUCAAAAUCAAAGAAGAGGUACAGAAACAGAUCGACGCUGGUUUCCUCAUUACAUCAAAUUACCCCCAGUGGUUAGCUAACAUAGUGCCUGUUCCAAAGAAAGAUGGUAAGGUCAGAACGUGUGUUGACUACCGUGAUUUAAACAAAGCUAGCCCGAAAGACGACUUUCCUUUACCUCAUAUUGACGUGUUGGUUGACAGUACUGCAAAGUCUAAAGUCUUCUCAUUCAUGGAUGGAUUCUCCGGAUAUAAUCAAAUCAAGAUGAGGGGUAUGACUACUCUUUUCCACGAUAUGAUACAUAAAGAGAUUGAGGUCUAUGUGGAUGAUAUGAUAGUCAAGUCGAUUACUGAAGAAGACCAUGUCAAGUAUCUACAGAAGAUGUUCCAGCGCCUGAGGAAGUACAAACUUCGUUUAAAUCCCAACAAAUGCACUUUUGGUGUCAGAACCGGAAAGCUUCUAGGUUUCAUUGUCAGCCAGAAAGGCAUCGAAGUAGAUCCUGACAAAGUCAAAGCCAUCAGAGAGAUGCCUGCUCCGAGAACAGAAAAAGAAGUAAGGGGUUUUCUUGGACGACUAAAUUACAUCUCCCGGUUCAUUUCUCAUAUGACUGCAACUUGUGGGCCGAUAUUCAAACUACUCCGCAAAAAACAAGGUAUUGUGUGGACUGAAGAUUGCCAGAAGGCUUUUGACAGCAUAAAGAAGUACUUGCUAGAACCACCGAUUCUUAUCCCUCCAGUUGAAGGAAGACCUUUGAUCAUGUACCUAACGGUGUUAGAAAAUUCCAUGGGUUGUGUGCUCGGACAACAAGAUGAAACCGGAAGAAAAGAGCACGCCAUUUAUUAUUUAAGCAAGAAGUUUACUGAAUGUGAAUCUCGAUACUCCAUGCUCGAGAAGACAUGUUGUGCUCUAGCCUGGGCUGCCAAACGCCUCCGUCAUUAUAUGAUUAAUCACACUACUUGGCUGGUAUCUAAAAUGGAUCCAAUCAGGUACAUAUUUGAGAAGCCCGCUUUGACAGGAAGGAUUGCACGGUGGCAGAUGCUACUAUCUGAAUAUGAUAUCGAGUACCGUUCCCAGAAGGCAAUUAAAGGCAGUAUUCUUGCUGAUCACUUGGCUCACCAACCACUUGAAGACUAUCGACCUAUCAAGUUUGACUUUCCUGAUGAAGAGAUUAUGUAUCUAAAGAUGAAAGAUUGUGACGAGCCACUAUUCGGAGAAGGUCCUGAUCCAGAUUCAGUGUGGGGUUUGAUAUUUGAUGGGGCUGUCAAUGUAUACGGCAACGGCAUAGGGGCAGUACUCCUUACUCCUAAAGGUGCUCACAUCCCUUUCACAGCAAGACUCCGGUUUGACUGCACGAACAACAUCGCUGAAUAUGAAGCCUGCAUCAUGGGUAUUGAAGAAGCCAUUGAUCUAAGAAUCAAGAACAUCGAAAUAUAUGGAGAUUCAGCUCUCGUAAUCAACCAGAUCAAAGGAAAAUGGGAAACUCUUCAUGCAGGACUAAUACCUUAUCGAGACUAUGCAAGACGUUUAUUGACCUUCUUCAACAAAGUGGAAUUACAUCAUAUCCCUCGGGAUGAGAAUCAGAUGGCUGAUGCCUUGGCUACUUUGUCUUCAAUGAUCAAGGUGAAUCAUCACAAUGACGUGCCACUAAUCAGUGUCAAAUUCCUUGAUAGACCCGCUUAUGUGUUUGCCGCUGAAGCAGUUUUCGACGAUAAACCGUGGUUUCAUGAUAUUAAAGUGUUUCUCCAAACUCGAGAGUAUCCUCCUGGGGCAUCCAACAAAGAUAAGAAGACUCUCAGAAGAUUAUCUAGUAAUUUCUUCCUGAAUGGGGAUAUCUUGUACAAAAGAAACUUUGACACGGUCUUGCUCAGAUGUGUAGACAAGUAUGAAGCUGAUUUAUUGAUACAUGAAAUACACGAAGGAUCCUUCGGAAUUCAUCCUAAUGGGCACACAAUGGCUAAAAAGAUAUUGCGAGCAGGUUACUACUGGAUGACAAUGGAAUCAGAUUGCUACAAGCAUACCAGAAAGUGUCACAAGUGUCAGAUAUACGCCGACAAGAUUCAUAUGCCGCCAACUACACUCAAUUUACUUUCCUCUCCGUGGCCUUUCUCUAUGUGGGGCAUUGACAUGAUCGGAAGGAUUGAGCCCAAAGCUUCAAAUGGACACCGUUUUAUCCUAGUGGCUAUUGACUACUUCACUAAGUGGGUUGAGGCCGCAUCGUAUGCCAAUGUGACCAAACAAGUAGUGGUCAAAUUUAUCAAGAAUCAUAUCAUUUGUCGUUAUGGCAUCCCCAACCGGAUCAUCACCGACAACGGAACAAAUCUAAACAACAAGAUGAUGAAAGAAUUGUGUGAUGAUUUCAAGAUCGAGCACCAUAACUCUUCACCUUACAGACCCCAAAUGAAUGGUGCUGUCGAAGCUGCAAAUAAAAAUAUAAAGAGGAUUGUCCAGAAGAUGGUGGUGACUUAUAAAGAUUGGCAUGAAAUGCUUCCCUUUGCAUUACAUGGAUAUCGUACUUCUGUACGCACAUCAACAGGGGCAACUCCCUUCUCCCUGGUAUAUGGCAUGGAGGCAGUACUUCCUGUAGAAGUCGAAAUUCCAUCAUUGAGAAUUCUAAUGGAGGCUAACUUAUCAGAAGCUGAAUGGGUUCAAAAUAGAUACGACCAGUUGAAUCUGAUUGAAGAAAAGCGCAUGGCAGCCCUAUGUCACGGACAGUUAUAUCAAAAAAGGAUGAAACAGGCUUUUGACAAGAAAGUUCGUCCCCGUGAGUUUAAAGAAGGUGAUCUCGUGCUCAAAAAGAUUUUCUCUUUCCAACCAGACUCCCGAGGCAAGUGGGCUCCUAAUUAUGAAGGACCGUAUGUUGUUAAAAAGGCCUUCUCAGGUGGUGCCAUGACUCUACAAACCAUGGACGGUGAAGAACUUCCACGACCUGUGAACACGGAUGCAGUUUGGAUUGAGGUUUGCGGCUAG